AUUCCCAGUAUGUAUAUAUUCUCGAGGCAAGUUGAUGUUUUGUAUCCGCGUACAUCUCCACUGAUUCAGAACCAGUGACAACUUAAGAACCAAAGAAGUAGCAUUCAAUGUUAAUCACAAAAAUCAAUUAAUUUUUUCAAUGGAUAAUAGACCAACUAUUUUCUUUUGCGUAUUACUUUUGGCUAUCAAUGGUAAAGCAUCUCCAGCCAAUGACAAUAGAAAAUCUUGUGGUAAUUUUCAAUUUAAAUGCCAAAAUGGAGAUUGUAUUCCACAAGAUCGUCUCUGUGAUGGACUAACUGAUUGUUCUGAUAAAUCAGACGAAACAAGAGAGGCUUGCAAAACAAUGAGAUGCAGUCCUUAUGUUUUUAAAUGUGAUUAUGGUGCAUGCGUCGAUGGUGAUUCUAUUUGUAAUGGAAUAAAAGAUUGUGCUGACAAUAGUGAUGAAACAAUAUCAUCGUGCACGAGAAAUAAUGGUACAUUUGGAGAAUGUCUUUCAAGUCAAUUUAAAUGUACAAGCGGUCAAUGUAUUGACAGUACAUCACUUUGCGAUGGAACUGUUGACUGUAGAGAUCAAUCGGAUGAAACUGCAAUUGCCUGUGGAUCAUUUCCAUGUGAUGCGUACGUUUUCCGAUGUGCAUAUGGAGCAUGCAUUGAUCUUGAUUUACGAUGUAAUGGUGCUGUAAAUUGUGCUGAUGGUUCCGAUGAGGAUCCAUCUUUGUGUGCUAAAGGAACAACUGCUAAACCAAAAAUUACCACAAGACCAACAUCACCAACUCGACCAUCUAGACGACCUAUUACUCAAAGACCAACGGUCGAAAUUACAAAGAGGCCAACAACUGAAAUUACAUGUCCAGUACCAUCGCAACCACAAAAUGGUCAUUAUAAAUUAUACAAAAGUCAUUGUUCAAGUGGUGAUCAUUGCGAUGUAAGUCCUGGUGUUCGUGCAUUAGAAAAAGGAACACAAUUAAUUUACAAUUGUAAUUCGGGAUUUAGAAUGGAAGGAUACAAAGAUGUUCUCUGUGGUCCCGAUAGAAAAUGGUUACAUAUUCCAAAAUGCAUUGAAAUUCGAUGCCCGGGUUUGUCGUCAAUUUCAAUGGAAGCCUAUUGUGUGCAUAACAAUAAACAUGUUCCAUGUGAAGAAUCAGUUCUUCCGUUUACAUCAGCCGAUUUACGAUGUCGUGCAAGUUAUCAUCAGGAGCAAAAUCGUUACAGUUUACCAAUAAGAAAGGAGAGAGUGAUUUGUAAUGAAACUGGUCACUGGUCACCAGAUCCAAUUGAAUGCGUAGCAGAUUGUGGUAAGGCUGCUUUAAAUGUUGUACAAUUAAUUGUAAAUGGUACACUGGCAAAACCAUCAGAAUUUCCAUGGCAUGCAACAAUGUAUAGACAGGAUUAUGGAAGUGGUGAAAAACAAUUUAUAUGCGGUGCAUCAAUUAUUCAAGAAGACUUACUGAUAACUGCCGCCCAUUGUGUUUAUGACGAAUCAUCACGUCGACUGUACGAUGCUUCACGAUUUUAUGUAGCAACGGGAAAUAUUUUUCGAGAUUAUGACGCUCCCUCCCCUUAUGUUCAAAGAAAAAAGGUGAAAAAUAUCUUCAUUAGAUGCACAUAUCGAGGUUUACAGGGACUUUAUGCGAAUGAUAUUGCAAUUUUGGAACUUAAAGAGUCUUUUACAUUUACUGGACUCUUAAUGCCAAUUUGUCUUGAUUAUCGUGCACGAUUGGGAAAUAAACCAGUAUUAGAAACCGGAAAUUUGGGACGUGUUCCGGGAUUUGGAAGAACGGAGGAGGGCUCGACAAGUUAUGUUUUGAGAUCAAUUUCUGUUCCUUAUAUUUCACAGCAACAAUGUGAAACUGCCGCUGCUGAAACUGAUAGUGCAAGUUUCAUUACAGCUGAUAAAUUUUGUGCAGGCUAUACAAAUGGUUCUUCCGUGUGUGACGGUGACAGUGGCGGUGGAUUGGUAUUUAAAGAUAAAGAAUUAUGGUUUCUUCGUGGAAUUGUGAGUGUUGGAAUUGGUGCAAAAGGUGAUAAUGGCGAAAGAACAUGUAACAGUUACACAUAUUCUUUAUAUACAGAAGUUGCAAGUGGAAAUUUAGAUUGGAUCGAGGAUGUUAUUCAAAAUUUACGAAGCAAUAAAAAUUAUCCACAAUGUCAUGUAGAAGAACCAGUAAAAUUUUACGAACUUUACUAGAAUAGUUUUCUUUUCCUUUUUUUUUUUUUUAAUGAAAUAAAAAUUUUCCCACCUUAUUUUUACUUUAUAAUAAUCAUAGAAUAUAUAUAUAUAUAUACAAUUUUACUUAAUUUUUGUUUUUGUAAAA